AUGGGGUUUGUUGAAACCGGGAGAUCUUCUAAAAGGCUAAAGAAUGCUCCGAAAACUGUCUCUCGGAAGAGAAUUUCAAAAUCGAGACAAAAUUCACCAUCUUUGACGACAACUUCCUCUGGGGCUAGAAGUCGAGCACAUACCUCUAUACUUGAAAGGUUCCCUAAAGAAAUCUUGUUUGAAAUAUUCUUACAGGUGGGAUUAGAAGAUAACUCAUUACCAUUGUUGAGCAAGUAUUUCAAUGGGCUUUUCAAAAUAGACCUCACUCUCAUUGGCGAUUUUCUCAAAGCAUACCAAGGUGGGCGGGAUGCACCACAACCCGAAGCACCUGGCUUGGGCUUUUUGCUUCGAUGUAUAAACCAUUACAUAGAUACUCAUAACUAUUCCAAAGGGCCCAGGUUUUCCCAGUUGAGGCGCAAACUAGAGAAAUAUAAGGCAAAGUAUGAGUCUUCAGGAAUAAGGAAUGAUAGUGUUGACUCUAGCGUCAAGGAACUGGAAACUUGGAUCAACUGUUUCGAAAAGACACAAUUGAUCCCCUUAGAAUUGUUUAAAAAACGAUUCAUAACUGAAGCAGUGGUAAAAUGUCUACCUGAUGGACAAGUCCGUGAGAUUAAAGACAUUCCUGAGUGGAUGGAAAUUAGAACAAGUUGCAUUGCAUCUUGUUUCAAAAACUUGCACGAAGCUUUGAAGAGAGCUUUGCCGGAGCGAUCAUCAGAAGAAUUGGCAAACAUUGCGCUGGAACAAUUUGAGCAGCAACAGCAAGAACUGGAAACAGGUUCUGGUGUUGUGUCCGGACAUGCUGAUAGAAGUGAAGAUGAGAAGGAAUUGGUCGACUUCCCUAGUCGCUUUUAUUCUGGCCAAUUCACUGAAGAAAAGUUUAACUUGAUCUCAUACAUGAGUAUGAAGUAUAAGUUUAGGUUCCGAGAUGUAGACAAGGCGAUGAGCUACUUUAUCAGAGAGGUCCAGAAUAAAGACUACAACUUGCAAUGCUUAAUAUACUCCUUGAUCGAUAAAAUAGCGGCACUCGAGGAAUAUACCGUCCAGCCUAUAGUUGAAGCAUUUGAAAUUCUAAAUAACCAUGGUGAGCAAUCAGACCAAGCUUCGUACUGGAAAAUUAUCAAUGUUCUAGUUGAAGGUUACUAUAAGGCUCAUUCCAGUGAUGUUAGAAGUGAUCAGGAUUUCCAUGAUGAAGAGCUAUGGAUAUAUUUGCGAGAAGCUGAGAGAUUAGACUUUCUAGAGUUGGUGAUUAAAUACACGGGAGAAAGGGGCCAUAGCAAGGCAGUAAUGUUAUAG